AAUAGCUGCAUCACAUUCAAGAUGUCGGCGGUGUCAGUGUAUCCCAUGUGUGUCCGGGCGAGCCGGGGCCUCUUCAGACUGCGACAGAGCGCCAGCAGCAGCUCAACCCACGCGGUGCUGGAUGUUGUCAGGGCACUUUCGGCUGACACCACCAGUAGUAGUGCCACAGGAGGACUGGCCCAGGCGAUACUACAAGAAAGGCUUCAGCAACAGCAGAAAAUGGGCCAGCCUCCACCAGAGGGCGAUGAUUCUGGUCAGAAGAAAGAUGAACAGGGUGAGGACAAGAAACAGAAAGAGAACACAGCAUACGCUAAGAAGGUGGUCCUUCGGUUAGCAGGGAUAAUGGGACUUGGAAGUACGGUUGGCAUUGUAUACUUAUUUGGUAGCAGUUCUGUGGAUGAACAAGGAAAUAAGAUUCCAGAUGAGUUUGAUAAUGAUGUUCCAGUCAUUCAGCAGCUCAGAAGAACCUUCAAAUACUUCAAAGAUUAUAGACAGAUGAUCAUUGAGCCAACAAGCCCAAAACUUCUCCCAGACCCUCUGCGAGAACCCUAUUAUCAGCCUCCUUACACUCUAGUGCUGGAGCUGACCGAUGUCCUCCUGCAUCCAGAGUGGUCGUUGGCCACAGGCUGGCGUUUUAAGAAGAGGCCUGGCAUAGACUACCUGUUCCAGCAACUGGCCCCGCUCUAUGAGAUAGUCAUCUUCACAUCAGAGACAGGCAUGACGGCGUAUCCUUUGAUUGACAGCAUAGACCCUCAAGGAUUUGUGAUGUACCGACUCUUUAGGGAUGCCACACGCUACAUGGAUGGCCACCAUGUUAAGGACGUGUCUUGUUUGAACAGAGACACCUCUAAAGUCAUUGUCGUGGACUGCAAGCGGGAGGCCUUUAAUCUACAGCCUUUCAAUGGCUUGGCAUUACGCAAGUGGGAUGGCAACUCAGAAGACCGCACACUCUAUGACUUGGCUGCCUUCCUGAAAACGAUUGCCAUCAGUGGAGUGGAGGAUGUACGUACCGUGCUGGAGAACUAUGCCCAUGAGGAGGACCCCAUUGAAGCCUUCAAAAGAAGACAAGCACAGCUUGCUCAGGAGGAGGAACAAAGACUUUCGGAGCUUUCUCAGCAGAAGAAGCAGGGCUUUUCAUUAGGUUCCAUUGCAGGUCGUUUCUGGUCCCGAAAGCAGCAGUGAAGACUCGUCCUACUCACACCUACCUUAAACAGUCCAACCUGGUUUAUGACCAGCCAUUGAGAUGAGGGUCACAGACAAACAGGUGGACACAUGGGAGGGAGGGAGGGGGAGAGAGGGAGCAGAAGGGCAUCUAGGGAAAAACCUCCAAUCAGCUGCACUGAAUGGUUUCUACCAUGUAUUAGGGGUUGGGAUAGUAGGAACCCAGCUCCACAAGAUGUUCCAUUCCUGUGUGGGAGAUGGCACUUCUGGACCGCAGACACACCGAUAUGGUGCCCUAAUAUUUGAUCUCACUGAUUACAAAUUGUUUCAAGUGGAGACACAUCUUCAUCCUGGUUGGAUCAGUUCCUGUCACUUCUUGGUUCAAUUAUCUCUGCAGGAGCAAAGAACUGCAUAGUACCACAUCACACUUGGACAUGGAUUCUGAAAUGAGAUGAACUGAUACUGAUAAGAUUUCAUCAUGUAGAUCCUGUUUGAAUCUCUUAACUUAAUGCUGUAGUAGGCAAUAGCCUGAUAUUAGACUUCAAUAAUGUGUGCGCAGCACAUGGUACUUGACUACAAAAGUGAACAUCAACUUGGGGAACCCUCAGUGCUGCCAGUGAGACUGUCUUUGUCAUGGUGGUGCUGUUGCAGUUAGAUGAGGAGAACUUCUUAUCAUGUGAAGGCAAAUAAAGAGCUCAAUCUGGUGCUUUUUCUCUUUAGGUCAGAAAUGGCCCUUCAUGUCUGAAGAUGUGUUCAUGGAAUGUUCUUUGUAUUGCUAUUGAUGUGAACAGUGAACCACCCAGAAUAUCUCCAAUAAAUAAACCAUAACUUCAAAUAA